AUGGAUAUCGGUGGCACGGGAAAAAUUGCAAUUGAACAACAUGCUGCCUCAGAUAAACAUAAAACUAAAACUCGUAGUGCUGACACAUUAUCGGUGUUAUCAUAUUUCUGCCCAUCUCGAUCAUCUCAAGAUGAUAAAAUAAUGGCUGCAGAAUUGUGUAAAGUGUAUCAUGCUGUGAAGCAUCAGCUAUCAUACAGAAGUGUUGACUGUGGAGUAAAAGUUGACAAAGAAAUUUGUAGUGACUCAUUGAUACCAAAACCAUCUGGCAACCCUGAUUAUGAUACUUGUGUGAGAGGGGAGAGGGCUUGCUAUUCAAUGCUGGCUGCCGUACGAGAAGCCCAGCUAGCUCAUGGUUUACGGGCCAUAAUGUUACAGUUGUAUCGUCAGUACUGCAGUCGUAGAAUAAGACGUCUUCGCAAGAAUUUAGAUUUUAUUCAGGGAGACAGGAGGAACUUCAGGAAGAAAGAUGUAACGGUUGAAGUCUUGAAGGAUGAGAGAUUCCUUCUGAUACCUUUGAUGACUGUGGAGCGAUGUUGGGCAUAUGCAAUGCAGUUGAAAGAGGAAAGUCAGCAAGACUCAAGAAAAAAAUUUUCUAUGAGAAAUAAACUAAGGAAGGCAGCCAAAUAUGUUGGAGCAUUUGAAAAACUUGUAGAGGAAAGUGGAGUUUGUGAUGCUAGGACAAUGGAAGUGGAAGGUUACGCUGCAUGGUUAAAAGGUACUGUUCUCUUUGAAUUAGCGGAUUGGACACACGAAUGGGAUAAACCUGUGGAAUUCUUUAAUAAAGCCCUGGCAAUAUACAGCAAGUUGAAAGAUGCAGUGUCAGAAGAUGAGGCAGAAAUCUAUGCUAGUAGAUUACAGGAAUUAGAAGUUAAGUUGCGAUUCUGCAAACACCACCUGGGUGAUCGCUCAGCAACGGAACACAUUGUUGGCAAUAAUCUCCUUGCUUCAGCAAGAGAAAGGCAAGCAGCUACUCUUAGUGAAGUUACGUGGAAAGGUCGUAAUCUUGCUGUUAAGCAUGAAAAAGUACGAUUGUUCCUAUUAAAUGAAGGACUCAUUCAUGAAGAACUAGAAAAAGCUAACAGCUCUGAUGAUCGUGUAGAAAUGUUAGACAAACUACUUUUUGAGUGUAAAGAUGCCUUACAGAUAGUGCGGGAUGAUCUAAAGAAUGAUCCAACAUUCAAACCACGACAACAGGUCAACACAGGACCAGUCUCACCUUUGCAUUUCCUUCAUACAUACUUGUCUUAUCACCGGUUGAAUUUAACGAUACUUCGAAACAAGGCUUUAGGUGGAUACCUAUCAAAAAUUGUCUCUGGAGAAAUUGAGGUUGAAGAUGGUAAGAAAGCUCCUAAAUUGCAAGAUUUAGUACGAUUACAAGAAAUUAUAAUUCAGAACUUGAAUGAUUUGACGCAUUUACCUGGCUUGGAAGAUGAUGAUGAACUAAAACAAAGUGUUGAAGGACAAGUAUUAGCCUACAAAGCACAUCGGUGUUACUAUGUUGCUGAGAGCUUCAUGAAGUUAGAAAAAUGGGCAGAAGCACUCAUUCUGUACGAAAGGACUUUAACUUACAUUAAAUCUGCUAGCAAGAAUAAAUCAGAGACAUCAAUGGGAAAAAGCCUUGAAAAACUUUCUGCCAUGGUAGACAGUAAAAAGUUCACAGCUCAUGCUCAAGCCAUUCUAGCAUCAGAGUCGAUGGUUCCCGAUGUUUCAAGGCUUUCCAUUAAGAACAAGAAGAUGUUGAUUGAGCGCUUGGAUGAGUACAUUGAAGACUCCAGUUUAACUUCUAAACAUCCGAAUGUAGCACAAGUGCCAUCUCCUAUGACUUCUGUGCCAUGUAAACCUCUUUUCUUUGACCUUGCGUUAAACUAUAUAGAAUUCCCAUCUUUAGAUGACAAAGUAGAGGCUAAGAAACAGACUCCAGCAGCUGCUGCUGGUGGAGGAAUAACUGGUUUGGUGAAAGGUUUAUGGGGUUGGGGUACCAAAAAGUAAGUCUUAUAAAUUUUUUAUACUGUCAGUCAUAGAUCUUAAAUUUAAAAAAGAAAAUUUUUAAGUUAGUUAAGGUAGUGGGAUGCUUUUUUUUCCCUUGUAAGGUUGUUUACAUGCUUAUGUUAAAAAAUCUUACAAUUUGUGAAAAUCUGAGAAAAUAGGAUUUUGUAAGUGCCUUCUGCUCGAUUAUUUUGCAGAUAAAUAUCAGUAAGCGUAGAUUAUUUGUACAGUAAAUUGAAAUAUUUUGUUAAGUUGAGACAAUUUAUAAUGAGUUUAGAAAGGUUUUAUUUACUUUAUGAGUUUUUCAUAAGGAAUUAAAUUUGGUACACCAUAAGAAUUAGUUCCUCUAGGCUCAAUGGAAGCAACUAAUAGUUAUGGUUUGAUACAAAUUUUGUUAAAUAUUGUUAUAAAUAGUAACAUUUUUGAUAAACAGUCACCAUUA